CCGCUCUUUUUAAUAUUAUUAUAUUAGCACAGAUAUAAAUACAUAACAUAAUUAUUUUGAUAUAGAUAUCGUUUUGAAAACUGUAGAAGCGAUUCAAAAGGGCUAAAUAAAUAAUCCGUUAAUAUCCAGGUCAAGCAAGCGCUUCCACUUGUAGAUGUUUAACUUUCACGGUUAAAAUACGGCGAUGUAUGGGUCCGUACCUAUUUUGGAAUACCGAUUUGCAAAUAAGUUCAUAAUUAUCCCAAAAGAAGUUUAUUCUAUUUCUUACUUUCUUUCCUUAGUAUAUCGAUCGUUCAAAGCAUGGCACUUCCGAAUCAUGUUAUCUUAAGAUUCUGAAUAAGUCGAGGAAGAGUCAGAACGCUACGGAUUUUCAAUACUGGGCCCGCUGACUCCGCAUUUUAAACAUGCCCUUGAAGCGUUCGAUUCACACAGAUCGUUGUCACAGCUAUUGUAAACAACAUGGCGGACAUUUUAGAAAAAGACGCGAAUAACAAUAACAAUGACUACUUCUAUCAAGUUUAUAACAGUUUCUAGUCAUACUAUGAUACCAGUGUUUUCUGAUUAUUGAGUUAAAUAAACUUUGUAAAACUUGUUAUUCUGCUGUUUUCUUCACAGAUACAUAUUCUGUAAAAUAUCGCGGUAUGUACCGCGAUACAGUGUUGCCGUACCACGAUAUACCGCGGUACGCUCACGGCGUAUCGUGACAGCCCUAAUUAUUUGGGUAAAUAUACUAACUUAAAGACUUUGUGGUGUAAGUCUUCAAAAAUACUAAUUCUGUUCAUAGGAAGGGGAUCAUUCUAUUAAAUGGUAAAUACAAAACAUUUCAGAACAAAAGACAGUUCACAAUAUCUACUGUAAAAUGGCAACAUCUCAAGGAUCAGGUCAUAAUAGUUCAGAUUUAGUGAAGGACUAUGUUUGUGGAGGUUGUGAAAGUAGAAACAUUUAUGAAAGUGCAGAUUAUUUUUGUGCAACAUGUACAAAGUUUUUCUGCAGAAAAUGCAUUGAUCCUCAUGAUCAAAUAUAUGCAAACCAUUCCAAAUAUGGAAGAGGAGAAACAAAUAAAUGGCCCCUUACAAAGACAAUGGAGGAUUUGCUACUAAACUGUGCUGUCCACAAAGAGGAGAAACUGAAAAUGUUUUGUCAGGACCACAGUCAGCUGUGUUGCACUGAUUGUUUUUUACUAAAUCACAGACAGUGCACAAAUGUGGCUCUAAUUUCUGAGUCAGCCAAAAACCUGUCAAUGGAUAUGCGACAGUUGUCAAACAAUUUGCAAACUAUUGUUGAUGAACUAAAUAAGUUAAAGAGUAAACAAGAGGCCAGCAUUCAGUCCGUGGAGGUAUCAUGUAAUGCAAAACUGCAAGAAAUCCAAGACAUGCGAAAGAAAUUAAAUGCUGCUUUGGAUGUACUAGAAAAUACAACAUUGAAAGAAUUGGAUGAAAAUCGGACCACAAUGCAAACCUCUCUCAAGAAAGAUGUUGAAAACUGCAGCAGACUGAAGGAUGACUUGCAAAAACUCAGUGAAGCUGUAAAUGGCCUUUGUGAUAAGAGCAAGAAAGAACUUGAGUUCAUAGCCAGCAGGAAAUGUCUGGACAAAAUACAAGAGUCUGAGUCAUAUCUAAAGGAAAACCAUGUAAAUGUUCAGAGUUCAAUGAUAUUCAAAGCAAACACUGAUAUUGAGCAGUACCUGUCUGAACAGUCUAGUCUAGGCAGGAUUUUAGACAGUAUGCAGUCUCUCACACUCAAGAUGAAUCCAGACCAGGUGUUAACUGUAAAGAGGAGAUUAGAGUACACUGUGAGCAUACCAAGCGACACAAGUCAGUCUUUCAGCAUCUUUGGCAUUUGCAUCAUGCCUAGUGACCAGGUCAUUUUUACAGAUUACCAUAAUAAAAAAGUGAAGCUGUUGAACCAGCAAUACAAUGUGUCCAGUCACUGUGAUGUGUCUGGUGGGCCAUGGGACAUUUGCCAAAUCACAUCCAGUGAGGUGGCUGUAACUUUGAAUACAGAUGUGCAGUUCAUCUCUAUUAACAAUGGAAAUCUGGUGUGUGGGAGAAAGAUUUCAUUACAGCAUGCUGUUUAUGGUAUUGCCCACCAUGAGGGAGCAUUGUAUAUCACCUCUGGCACUGCCCUGUACCACUACAAUAUGACUGGGACACUUGUGAAAAAGCUGUUUGAGGGUGCUAGAGGCUCUCGUACAGUGUUUUACUGUGCAGUAAGUCCUGCUGGAGACAAGAUCUAUGUCACCAACACCAGACAGCACAAGCUCCUUACUCUGGCUACAGAUGGGACUCUUAUAUCCACCUUCAUGGACCCUGAACUACAAAACCCCAGGGGUGUACACGUAACACCUGCAGGACAAGUGUUAGUCUGUGGAUGCAUUUCCGAAAAUGUCAUACAAGUGGAUCGUGAGGGAAAAAAGAAACUAGCAACUCUGGCUUCACAAAGAGAUGGACUCAGCUCACCAGGGUCUGUCUGCUACAACACCAACACUCACCAGUUGAUUGUGGGACUAUAUGAUAACACUAAAAUCUUUGUUAUGGACUUGCAAUAGCUCUUCAAUUUGAUGAAAACAUUUACUUGAAACACUUUUAUAAACAUAAUUGCCCAUUUUUCUUUGAAUGGCUAAUUCAGUAUCAACAAUUUAUAUCUAGGUAAAGAAAAAACUUAUUCAUACAGUUUAAUUUUGUUAUGAACGAAUAAUGAUAAAAUUUUAUUUAAAAAUGAGUUGUUUCAAUGCUCGAAAGAUUGCACCAUUUUAAUUUUAAAUAUAUGACAACUGUCUAUAA